CCACGUACCAAAUAAUUGUUGGAUGAAAACCAAAAUGGAAGGUAAUAAAGAGGAUUGCUUUAAAUGUAUCCGGAUUGCUGAACGUUGUUUAGAGGCUGGUGACCUUGAGAAAGCUGUAAAGUUCCUAAAUAAAGCUGAACGACUGUAUCCAACUCAGAAAGCUAAAGAUUUACUGGAGCGUGCUGAAAAAGGUGGAUCAAAUCAACAAACAGGAGAAAAAAUGAAUGGCCCAAAACAAAGACGUGGAAGUGUAGGUCGGGAAAAAACAAGUGAAAGUGCUGAAGAAAAGAAAGAAAAAGAAUACACAGAUGAACAACUUGCUGUGGUGAAAAGAGUGAAAAAAUGUAAGGACUACUAUGAGAUCCUGGGCGUGGAAAAAGAUGCCACUGAAGCUGACCUGAAGAAAGCGUACAGGAAACUAGCCUUACAGAUGCAUCCAGACAAAAACAAGGCUCCUGGUGCCACCGAUGCUUUUAAAGCUGUGGGUAAUGCGUUUGCGGUGUUAAACGACUCUGAGAAGCGUAAGAAGUAUGAUCAGUUUGGUCCUGAGGAAGAAAGACGCACCAGUAGUGCUGGGGAGUACCAGUACAAUUACUCUCACGGAUUUGAAGGAGAUAUAUCACCCGAAGAACUGUUUAACAUGUUUUUCGGAGGUGGAGGCAAUGUUUAUCAACGCAGAUCACGUCACUCACAUACACACUCUACAAGGCAGCAUUUUCGAUAUGCUUCUACAGAGUCUUCUAACGAUGGUAGUGCUACACUGUUACUGCAGCUGGCUCCAAUACUUCUGUUGGUUGUUAUCUCCCUUCUCAGCAGCAUGUUUGUAUCCGAUCCUGUAUUCAGCCUUCAAAAAUCAGAUAAAUAUACAGCUCAGCGAAAAACACAAAACCUCAACAUACCAUAUUUUGUUAAGCAAGAUUUUACAGCAAAUUUUGCUGGUGAUUUACGGAGAAUAGAGCGCCAAGUGGAGGAGGAAUUUGUAUCAAACUUACGGCAGAAUUGUUGGCGGGAAAGGAGUUAUAAAGAGAAUAUGUUAUGGAGAGCUAGGAAUUAUGCCGAUGCCAAGUUAUAUGAGAGGGCUCAAAACAUGGAGACACCGUCAUGUGAUCAGUUACAGAACCUGUACAGAUAGUGACCACUUAAUGACGCACCACAGAAAGUUACGACUGGUUGACUCAUGCAACUUAUUUAUUUAUUAUCAGCCUUGCAGUACAUGCAAAAUUUUAAGUCCCAUGCUGGCGGACCAGUAAACGAAUCAGAAAAGUGGUAUGUUCAUUUGAACAAUGGUCUUUUAUGUUCAGACGUGAAGUAAUUGAAGUGAUUGACAACAGAGCCCAAAAAAACAAGUGCAUGUAUGAUUGAUUUUGCAAGUUAUUUAAGAUACUUGGCAAUUUAGGAAUAUUAGCACGAAAUAAAGAGUAAAUCUGUUGUUUAAUAUGAUGGUUGGAUACACAUUGUUUUAAUCUUAAGUUUAACCUGUUGUUUUGACUUUUUAUAUAACUUAUUUUCAUCUUUUCAUCUUCUUACCGCAAAAGGUCCAUUAGGAUAUUACCACAAUCUAUCCUAUAAGCAGUAAGGUAACUGUUGAUAUUGUUUAAAUUCAUCAAGUUAAUGAUAUUCACUCAACAAAAAUGAUGAUCCCAACUCUACAUGUCGGUCUAGUACACUGUAACUCCAAUAUAGUGCGGUCCGUUAUAACGCUAUGUUGUAUAAGCAACAAUGCAGUGUUUAUUUUUUUAAUAUUGAUGAUCUAAAGGCAAUACAUGUAUUUGGGAUGAGUUUCAUUUUAGUGGCAAAAACAAGGUUUAUUAUGCUGACUAUAUUUGUCAAUAGAAAAUGACUGAAUCAAUAUUAAAACUUGCUUGUAAACAGUUAAACUUGUUGACUAGAUGUUCUGAGCAAUAGUUACAUUGGAACUAAGUUGAUAAACGCUUGUAUUCAUUUGUAUGCCUGUUAAAUUAUAUUGGUUUUAAAGGGACUGUGUCUCUGAAGGGAUGAACAAAGCCUCAGGCGCAGGGGAAGGUUCUAGCCUUCAAAUCUGAGGAAAGAAUAUUGUGUGACACCAAAUUGUGGGAUGAUUUCGUGAGAUGUAACUAAAAGGCGAAUUUAGUUGAUAGGGGAAAUAAACUUUUUGGGGGAAAACUGUAUGAUGAAAUGUUUUAAAAAGAUGUAACCUAUAUAUGGAUGCAGCUAUAAAAUAAACAGAAGCCUAUCUUAAUGUGUGCAGGCUGAAUUGAGAUUGUUUCAGUAAUGUUCAUAACCAAGUUUUAUAACAUCAAAAUAUUUUACCUGUUGAGUUGUUUUUAUGCCCCCCAUAGGGUGGAAUAUAGCAGUCACAAUGUCUGCAAUUCGUGCGGCAUUCCGUUUUGCAGAGUUGUUUUACGCAAUGCUUUCAGAUAUUGCACUGAUUUUUGGCGAGUCUACCUACAUGACCUACAGAUGAGUUGUGGGUUUAUUUCCGGUCCAUUGAUUUUUGGCGAAGUAAUGGGCCUUGGACUUAUCAUUUUUUUCUAAAAUACAUGAAGCUGCUGUGCAGCUUCAAAGCUCAGUAGGGGGCAUUGUGUUUUCACAAUAGUGGUCUUUUUUUUCCUUUUAUUGUAAUAAGAGUUUAAAAUGUAUGUGAUACACAUGUUAAUAGUAAUGUGAAAUCAGGAUAUUGUAAAGUAUUGUGUUGUACAAUUAAAUAUUCUUUGUUUAUUAUUUCAUAAAGGAGUCCUUUUCAAUUUAGCUUUUCAUAGUAAACUUAGGGCUAAAUGCAUGGCAUAAUGCAUCAUCCCUUUAGAAGAGACUUUAAACAAUAAUAAAAUGUUAGCAAAAAUGGUUGUCCCUGGUUAACCUUUGUUGACUUCACUGGCUAUUUGGGGUAGAUGCAUUCUUCACUGGCUAUUUGGGGUAGAUGCAUUCUUCACUGGCUACUUGGGAUAGAUGCAUUCUUCACUGGCUACUUGGAGUAGAUGCAUUCUUCACUGGCUACUUGAGGUAGAUGCAUUCUUCACUGGCUACUUGAGGUAGAUGCAUUAUUCACUGGCUACUUGGAGUAGAUGCAUUCUUCACUGGCUACUUGAGGUAGAUGCAUUCUUCACUGGCUACUUGAGGUAGAUGCAUUAUUCACUGGCUACUUGGAGUAGAUGCAUUCUUCACUGGCUACUUGAGGUAGAUGCAUUCUUCACUGGCUACUUGAGGUAGAUGCAUUCUUCACUGGCUACUUGAGGUAGAUGCAUUAUUCAAUGGCUACUUGGAGUAGAUGCAUUCAGCCCAGUUUUUCUACAGCACAGCUAAAUUUUAGAUUUUAUUGCGAUAAUUGUGAACACACUGAAACUUCAUUCAAAAUAUAUUUGUGCAAUCAAUUUAUUUUUUGUGGACAUUUUGUUGUUUUAGGCAAUUGUUACUUGUAACCUCAGUAUUGCCUGAUGAAUCAGAACUAUAUUCCUGCAAAAAGAUCAAUGAUAUGCAGGUCUGAUGUUGAUACUUUUCCAUUAAGUGUGAGACUAUGAGAAUAGUGUGCAUUAGGAGCAACACAACAUAUUGUAGUAACAUCACCGCCAGUGUAAUGCAAACAUUAAUCUUAAAAAUUAGCUUAUUACUUUUCAAAAUCGUGUUUACAACUUGUUGAUGUUUACCAUAAUAUUUUUUUUCCAUAACCUUGUUUUGUUUUGUUUUAAAUACUUGUUUUAUACAUGUGUUUUACAUAUCCUUUUUACUUCUUUUCUACGUGAGUUAUUUACCUAAUGUUUUACAAAUCUGUUAAAAUACACUUUCUUGAAGUAUAAUUUAAUAAAACAUGCAAAAUUGUAAAAUUAACAUUCAUACAUGUUUGUUAUGGUUCUACUAGAUGAGUAUAAAUACCUGCUCUUAAACAAAAAUAAAAUUAUUUUCUGUUCAAAGUUUAUACGAGCUGGACUCUGCGAAAACUGAGCUUAAUGCAUGUACAUGAGGUAUUGUCUGAGAUAAGCCUUUGCAGUCCCCACAGGCUUAUCCUAUACUAGGCUUUCUGCCAGGCUUAUCCUAUACUAGGCUUUCUGCCAGGCUUAUCCUAUACUAGGCUUUCUGCCGGCUUGAUUUUCAUUUAGAUGAGACUUCCUCCACAAUAAAAUUCUGUAAAAGCCGAAAGUGUCUUUCCUGAUUAGCCUGUGCAAUAUCUGUGAUGAUACUUUAGGCAUAUACGUUAACCUGGAUUUCCCAAAUCGCGGCUCAUAAGAUUGUUGUGUUUAACUUUAUCAACACCUUAAUAAUUUAAGAAAACAAAAUUGUUGUAAAUUUCACUUUUAUAACCCUCCUGUUCUUUGCUGAUAUUUAUUACUAUUAUGCCUUUCAGUAUCAUAAUUUAAAUAUGUAAAUACUUGUUAUAUAUGAUGGCGAUCAUGUGUUGUUUUCACAUAAGAUCAGCCAAAUAUAUAACAUAUUUUAGGAAACAAUUUAAGAAAGGAAUAUUAACAUUCCUCAUUUUGUAUAUAUUUGUUCUGUAUUUGGAGUUUAUAUAAUGCAAUUAUACUAUAUCUUUAUUGUAUGUGAGACAAAUAUGUUGUUAAUGUUUUCCAGUUUUCACCUGUCAAAUAGAAUUUUAAAAAA